AUGCCGGGUGAUGCCCCGGGGGAAGUCCGCGAGCGGCGGCGAACCCAGUCCGGCCCCCUCCGCGCGCGCCUCGGGCGCUGGGGGCGGGGCCAGCCGGGCAGCGGGCAGCGGGCUCGGGCUGCCCUGACGUCACGCCCGCCCCCCGCCAGCCCCGAGGUAUUUACCUUCGAAAAGUGGCGGCGGCGGCUGCAGUCUAGGCCCAGACCCUGUGGCCCUGAAGACAUGGAGUUUGUUUCUGGAUACCGAGAUGAGUUCCUUGAUUUCGCUGCCCUCCUCUUUGGCUGGUUCCGAAAGUUCGCGGCGGAGCGCGGGGCUGCGGGGUCCAGCCUUGAGGGCCGCUGGCGCCAGCUGGAGGCUCAGAUCAGAAGGCUGCCCCAGGACCCUGCCCUCUGGGUGCUUCACGUCUUGCCCAACCGAAGUGUGGGCAUCAGCCUGGGGCAAGGGGCAGAGCCAGGCCCUGGACUAGGCCUGGGGGCUGCCCGGUUCCUGGGAGAUGAACCCCCACUCCACCUGCGAGACCUAAGCCCCUAUGUCAGCUUUGUCAGCCUGGAGGAAGGGGAGGAAGAGGAGGAGGAGGGGGAGGAAGAGGAAGAGAAUGGAGAGGAGGAGGGUGCAGGCCUGGAGAAAGUAGACCGUGGCCAGGCUGGGGAGCCAGUCCCCGCCAGCAGGGAGUCCCCCCAGGAAGCAAACCCUCCAGGGGAGACAGAGGAGGCUGCGCAGUUGGCAGGAGGCGGAGAGGAUGGUUUCCGGGAGGACAAGGCAGAGGAUGAAGCCGGCCCUGAGAGGAGGAAGGGGCGGAGAAGCGAGGCCGCCCCCCUGCAUCUUUCCUGCCUCUUACUGGUGACCGAUGAACAUGGCACCAUCCUGGGCAUUGACCUGCUGAUAGACGGAACCCAGGGGAAUGCCAGCAAGGCCUCAGGGACGGAGAACCUGGCUCCUCGGGCCUACGCUCUCCUCUGCCACAGCAUGGCCUGCCCAAUGGGCUCCGGAGACCCUCGAAAGCCCCGGCAGCUCACCGUGGGAGACGCCCAGCUGCUUCGAGACUUGCAGAGUCUGGUCCCAAGGCUGGGAGUGAAGUUAGCCAAGGCGCCAAUGCGGACGUGGGGUCCCCGGCCAGGCUUCACAUUUGCCUCCCUCCGGGCUCGAACCUGCCACGUCUGUCACAGGCAUAGCUUUGAAGUGAAGCUGACACCUUGCCCCCAGUGCAGUGCUGUCUUGUACUGUGGCGAGGCUUGUCUCCGGGCCGACUGGCGGCGAUGCCCUGACGACGUGAGCCACCGAUUUUGGUGCCCAAGGCUUGCAGCCUUCAUGGAGCGGGCCGGGGAGCUGGCAACUCUGCCUUUUACCUAUGCCGCAGAGGUGACCAGUGAAACCUUCAACAAGGAGGCCUUUCUGGCCUCACGGGGCCUCACUCGUGGCUACUGGACCCAACUCAGCAUGCUCAUUCCAGGCCCUGGCACCCCCAGGCACCCCCGGGGCAGCGCACCAGCCCUCAGCCUUCUUCUCAGUGGAGAUCCCUACCAGCUUCUCCAGGGGGAUGGGCCUUCUCUGAUGCCCCCUGUGCCCCCAGAUCCACCCAGGGGCCUCUUUGGCUCAUGGCAGGAUUACUACACAUGGAGGGGCCUCGGCUUGGACUCCCCCAUGGCCGUGCUUCUCACCUACCCGUUGACUGUGUAUUACGUCAUCACACACCUGGUGCCCCAAUCCUUCCCUGAGCUCAACAUCCAGAACAAGCAGUCACUGAAAAUCCAUGUGGUGGAAGCAGGGAAGGAGUUCGACCUCGUCAUGGUGUUCUGGGAGCUCUUGGUCUUGCUCCCCCACGUGGCGCUGGAGCUGCAGUUUGUGGGUGACGGCCUGCCCCUGGACAGUGACCAGCAGCAUUUUACCCUGCAGAGGGUGAGGGUUGGUGGGGGAGGAGCUGCCCACUACCUCCUGCACUCCCUUUGCCUAACAUGCCCUCCCAGUGCCCCAACUUGGAGCGGUUUCUCCCCUCCGCUCCUGGCUCCCCAGGAUGGCCCAGAAGUAUCUGUUCGUCCGGGUUCUGGAGUAUCUGCGCGGCUCAGCUCUAGCACUAAGGAGAAGGGGGGCCGAAGGGACCUGCAGAUCAAGGUGUCCGCGCGGCCCUACCACCUGCUCCAGGGGCCCAAGCCGGACCUGGUUAUUGGAUUCAACUCUGGCUUCGGUCUCAAGGACACUUGGCUGAGCUCGCUGCCCCGGCUACAGUCCCUCCGAGUCCCGGCCUUCUUCACGGAGAGCAGCGAGUACGGCUGCGUGAUGGACGACCAGACCAUGGCGGUGGCCACCGGAGGGGGCACCAGCCCCCCGCGGCCCAACCCCUUCCGCUCCCCCUUUCGCCUGCGAGCCGCGGACAACUGCAUGCCCUGGUACUGCAACGCCUUCAUCUUCCACUUGGUCUACAAGCCCCCGCAGGGGAGCGGGGCCCGACCCGCGCCCGGGCCGGUGCCCCCGGUCCCGGCCCCCGCCGCGCCCCCCGCCCCCGCCCGCAGGCGCCGAGGGGAGAAGAAACCCGGGCGGGGGGCGCGCCGGCGCAGGUGAGGGCUCAGGUGUGGCCGCCCCCCGCCCCCCCGCACGCCCCGGGAGGGAGAACCGAAAGGCGCGGCGCGGGGCGGCGGGCUGGGAGUCGGGGUGAAUAA